GCUCGAUAGUAGUACGCUGGUGGAUCGAGCCCCACUCGGGGCAGUAGAAAAAAACAACGGAGCCAAGAGAGAGAGAGUACACCAUCACUGGAUGAAGCUGAGCUGUUUGUGAUUGGCAGCUAUGAACACCAGUCAUUGCGAUCCGCCGUCAAAAUCGGGGGCCCCUGAUUGGGUGGGGGCCCUUGGGCUUCAGCCCAGGUAAGCCCGUGCAUUAGGGCGGCCUCGGCUGCACCCGUUGUGUAACGCAGCACUGGCCACACCCGCUGAGCAAAAGAAACCAAGAAAUAUUUUAAUCCAGACACAGACCAGCCGUGCCGAAACUAAUCCCGCUGAAUGCUCCCAGAGCGGCUUUGGUAUAGAUGGACGUGAUAUGACGGUGUGGUUAUGAGUUUGUGCAUCAAGUCAGGAAUAAGUUCAGUGAUAUAAUCCUGUCAGGGUUUAUGUGUUCAUGCACACUGUUGAUCCUCAUCUUUGCCUUUCUGCAUUAGCAGCAUUUCCCUGCCCUCUGCCAUAUGGCGGGGCGUCCCACCCGGGCAAUAAUGUGCAUGUGUGCGAGUGUUUACUCUGUUUCCUCCAGUAGCAGGUGGCUAAGGGGAUAAUCCAGGUAAAGCCACUGCGGAGUGGAGAUGGAGCGAUGAACUGAAGAAGCGGGGGAGGGUAAAUAGACGGAGUAAGCGUCCUAUGCAUGGACAACCAGGGCUAAUUCCGGCCACCUAAUCCCGGUCUCUUUCGCCUUCCCCCUUCUUCCUGCUUGCUAUCUCCACACCCAUGGUUGCGAGCAACCGGUGACCAGGUAGACGUAACUACUUCCUGAGCGGGACGAGGGCGAGAAACGAGGCUGCUUUUGUGCAUAACUAACGCACCUGUGUGAGCCUCAUUGGAGGAUGUAGCAUCGUACCUCCAAAGAAGCACAAGGAUACUCGCCACCAUGGGAGAAGCUCAGAAGUCCUCCAUGCAGGGCUUACUCUCCGUCAUUGAGAAACUGAAGGGCUCCAGCGAGCAGGAAGUCAGAAUAGUUCUUCUGGGUUUGGACAAUGCCGGUAAGACCACCCUGCUGAAGAGCCUGGCCUCUGAGGACGUCAACACCAUCACACCUACACAGGGUUUCAACAUAAAAAGUGUGGCGUCUCACGGCAUGAAACUCAAUGUGUGGGAUAUUGGCGGGCAAAGGAAGAUCAGAACUUUCUGGAAAAAGUAUCUGGAGAACACAGAUCUGUUGAUUUAUGUCAUUGACAGUGCAGACAAAAAGCGAUUUGAGGAAACAGGACUGGAGUUAUCAGAGCUGAUUGACGAGGAGAACCUGAUGGGCGUCCCGGUGCUGAUCUUUGCCAAUAAACAGGAUUUGGCCACUGCGUCGCCGGCCAGUGAGAUCGCAGAGGGCCUCAACCUCCAUACGUACAGAGACCGGGAGUGGCAGAUCCAGGCCUGCUCAGCCGUGUCUGGGGAAGGCGUGCAGGAUGGCAUGAACUGGAUUUGCAACAACAUCAUGAACAAGAAAAAGAGAACAACAACAACAACACCAACAACAACAACAACAGCAGCGACCUGACAUCACUUCCUGUCUAGUCAUGGUAUAAAUAUGUUGUUUGUGAAUAUACAGUAGCUCCUAGUUCAUUAGGCAUGGUUGAUGGCGUACAACUUCCAACAUAUUGUAGUUGUAUGUGGGUGUAAUCUCUGUAUUGGAGAUUUAUGAAAAUAAAAUGUCCAGUCUUGUCAUUUU